CUCAUCUCUGUGGAUCUAACAUGGACUCUCUGGCCUGAUCACUCAACCCUGGUGCUCAGAUAGUGCUGGAGGGAAGGGAUAAUGCAUAUCCUUCCUCGUCUGGAAGAAGAAGCCACCAUGAGCAACGUCACAGUCACCGACAACACUGAGCCCAUCAGCCGCACCAUGAGUCCGGCCACCCCCUACCCAUAUCCCUAUCCAGUCAGUUUCCAGGUCUCGCUGACUGGCUUCCUCAUGCUGGAAAUCGUCCUGGGCCUGAGCUCCAACCUCACUGUGUUGGCCCUCUACUGCAUGAAGUCUAACCUCAUCAGCUCCGUCAGCAACAUCGUCACUAUGAACCUCCAUGUGCUGGAUGUGCUGGUGUGUGUGUGCUGCAUCCCCCUCACCAUUGUUGUGGUGCUUCUCUCAUUGGAGGGAGACACCGCUCUGGUCUGCUGCUUCCACGAGGCUUGUGUCUCCUUUGCUAGUGUUGCCACUGCUGCUAACGUGCUAGCCAUCACCCUGGACCGCUAUGAUAUCUCAGUCAAACCUGCCAAUCGGGUCUUGACCAUGGGCCGUGCCCUGGCCCUGCUGGCUGCCAUCUGGGUCUUAUCCUUUAUUAGUUUCCUGGUGCCCUUUAUUGAGGUGGGCUUCUUUGCCCAGGGCCAAGCUGAGCUGAACCAGACAGUGGUGGAAACUGUGGUCCACACUAACCAGUACUACACAGAACUUGGCCUCUACUACCAUUUGCUGGCCCAGAUUCCCAUUUUCUUUUUCACUGCUGUCGUCAUGCUCAUCACCUACUCCAAGAUCCUGCAGGCGCUCAACAUUCGCAUUGGCACGCGCUUCCAUGCCUCACAGAAGAAGAAGGCACGCAGGAAAAAGCGCCCGUCCAUGACAGCCAUGACAACCCAGCAGGAGGCCACAGAUGGAUCCCAGAGCAGCAACAGUCGCAACCCCACGCUAGGCAUGCGCACCUCUGUCUCUGUGAUCAUCGCACUGCGCAGGGCUGUGAAGCGCCACCGGGAGAGGCGAGAGCGCCAAAAGAGGGUCUUCAGGAUGUCCCUCCUGAUUGUGUCUACUUUCCUGCUGUGCUGGACGCCCAUCACAGUUCUCAACACAGUUAUCCUGAGUGUGGGCCCCAGCGAUCUGACAGUCAAGCUAAGACUUGGCUUCUUGGUUAUGGCCUAUGGGACCACCAUAUUUCACCCUCUACUCUAUGCCUUCACAAGGCAGAAGUUCCAGAAAGUCCUUAAGAGCAAGAUGAAGAAGAGAGUGGUGUCCAUCGUUGAGGCAGAUCCUACACCUAAUAACGCUAUCAUCCACAACUCUUGGAUUGACCCCAAGAGGAACAAAAAGGUGACAUUUGAGGACAAAGAGGCCAGACAGAAAUGUCUAUCUUCUGAGGAUGUGGAGUGAAAGAACUCAUACCUUAGGGCAUUCAGUCAGUAAAAGCACCUAAAAUUCAUAUCAGGUCAUGAUGGAAAAAAGGGAAAAUGUUUAUCCAAAGCAGCAAUGUAAAUACUAUGUGUAUUAGAAUGUACAAAAAUCAGAGGUGGAUAAUUUAUUACUAUUUAUUGAGAACAACAAAGUAGGUUUCAUAGACAAACAGUACACUGUACUAUAGAUAUUGCAUGGCUUUUUGUAUCGGUAGCAAUAUACAUUAUGUACAUACGUAAAACAUGUACAGUAUAAGGAUAACAAGGUAUAUAUAGAGAGCAGUAGGAAUUGUUAUGUAUAUGGUAUAUUUAUAAUAAAU